GUUCCCUUAACUUUACUGAACGACGCGUCGUGGCACUGUGAUAUUUGUAUUUAUUUUUUCCAUUACCUGGGCAUGAGACGGAGAAACAAGAUGGAGUCAUUCUUUGCAAAGUCGAUUAAGAUUGCUUCAGUUGUAGCCGCAUAUUGGGUCAUUUCAAUUUCCAUGGUGUUCCUCAACAAGUACCUGCUCAGUAGCAAGGAUUUAAAGUUGAAUGCUCCUCUGUUCAUCACGUGGUACCAGUGUGUGGUCACGGUUGGCUUGUGUUGUUUCCUAAGUGCUCUGUCCAAGAUGUUUCCUAACCAUAUCUCUUUUCCCUCCAUAAAGCUUGACAUGCAAAUCCUGAAGGGGGUGCUCCCUCUUUCCAUAGUGUUUGCCUCCAUGAUCUCAUUUAACAACCUCUGUCUGAAGCACGUAGGCGUGGCAUUUUACUACAUAGGUCGCUCCCUGACGACUGUGUUCAACGUGGCAUUCUCCUACACCAUGCUACAACAGAGUACCUCAGUCAAAGCCAUUGUGUGCUGUCUCAUCAUCAUUGCUGGAUUUUUCAUGGGGGUGGAUCAAGAGGGAGUGGCAGGGUCGCUGUCUCUAAUGGGUGUGGUAUUUGGGGUCAUGGCCAGUGCCAGUGUGGCCUUGAACUCUAUAUACACCAAGAAAGUUCUGCCCGUGGUGGACAACAACAUUUGGAGGUUAACCUUCUACAACAACGUUAACGCGUGUUUCAUUUUCCUGCCUCUAAUGCUGACAUUUGGUGAGGCCGGAGAAGUGUGGGGCUUCUCGAAGCUGAGGGAUGUGACAUUUUGGACCUACAUGACAGUAGGUGGUGUGUUCGGAUUCGCGAUAGGUUACAUCACGGGAUUACAGAUCCAGGUGACCUCUCCUCUCACUCAUAAUAUAUCUGGAACAGCCAAGGCCUGCGCCCAGACUGUGAUAGCCUGCAUAUACUACCAUGACCACAAGUCUUUGUUGUGGUGGACCAGUAACUUCGUCGUACUGUUCGGAUCAGGGGCGUACACAGAAGUCCGUAGACAGGAAAUGAAAGUUCAACAUACGAAGGACAUGGCUAAAAUAGCUCAGAAAAUGGAGGAGGGAGAAGAUUCAGCCGAGAAAGAACUUAUUUCCAAGUGAAACUCGUAAUGAAGUUAGGGUGCAUUUAUCAAAUUUAGUACUAGGGUUUAUUUAAAUAGAUUUUCUGUAUCGGGGUCUAUGUUAUUGGUUAUCGCAUUGUUAAGGUAGUUGUUUGUUUACAUGUAACACAAUUUGUAAACAACCCGCCUGUAAAAUGAAAUCCAUUUUUACUGCAGGAAUUGAUAGUUGGGUAACUAUUGCCAUUUUUAACUCACCUGUUUUUCAUUUUGUCCAUCAUUUGUGGUUGUCGUAAACUUUUCACAUUUUCAAUUUCUCCAGAAAUGCUUGGCCAAUUUCAACCACAAUUGGCACAAAGUCUCCUCCAGUUAAAGGGAUUAAAUUUAGAUCCCUAUUGUUCCCCAACUCUAGCAUCACAAGUCAUCAAAGGAAAAUAAUUUGAAUCUCUGCUACAUGAAAAUGAUAUCUUUUCAUAUAUAAUUUAGUUUGUUUCAAUUUCUACUUAGAAGAAAUGUUAUGGGCGAGAAGUCUUCUCGAAAAGAGUAAAUGUUUAAUUUGCCAUAUGUAAGCCUCCACCUGGAGUUUAGAAUCCAGUUUGUUGAAAAUGUGUGUCCACAUUAGGGAUUUAAAGCUUCACACUCUAGGUGUCCUAAAAUUAUAAGACGAGAAACAUAGCUCAUGUGAGUUGAUAAUGCUAGUGGGCCUCUAAGUUUUAGUCUUUGAAUUUUGAAUAAGUGAUACCAGAUUCUAUUGUUUCCAAUCAAAUAAUGUCAUGAGAAUUCUGAAUACUGACUUCACUAAAAAAAGGGGGGCAACAAUGGUAUUUGUAUGGAUUAUCAGUAUUAAAAUGGCAAAUGAGAUAUUUUUGUCAAGUAUUAAGAAUCCAUUCUAGUAGACCAUAUGUACAAGGGACUAUGAAAAAUUUGGAAGUCCAUCAGAUAACAGAAAAACUUUGUGAGUUUGACUGUCUUUUAAGGUCCGUAAUUCGACCCUCUGACCACCAAUGGUUUAUUGUCACACAAUACGUUUCGCUCUGAAAAAAGAAAGAGGCGAGUAAUUGGUUUUCAUAUGUAGCAACAAAAUUAGAUCCAGCUUAUAGCUAUUGUGACGUCUAGCUUAGAAUUACUAUUUAUAGUAAUUAGUUGUAAUUUGAGGAGAAUGAAGUUCCUAAUGUCCACAUGCAGACACCAAGCGAAAUCGAUCAAGAAUUGAAUACGCCACUGGUCACUCAUCUCACAAAAUUAUUGUCUAUAUUAACUUAUGAUUAAUCUUAAUUGUUGAUUACAAUUAAUUACCGUUAUUAAUGCUAAUUAAUUUGCAGUACACAGGGUGAAUUGUUGCUUGAGAGAAUGAAGUGUUGCUUGACAAAACAUCCAAUUUACAAUGACAAAAGAUUUUACUGUGUUCUCAUAAAAUGUUCAAGUUACAUUUAGUGUGAAUAUAUUCAUAAUACCCCCCGCAACAAGUUGUGGGGGGGUAUACUGGAAUCGGGUUGUCCGUCCGUCUGUAGACGCAAUGGUUUCCGGACUCUAAAGCAUUAUCCUUUCCACCUACAGUCACCAUAUCAUAUAUAUGGACUACCCAUGGGAUGAAGAUGUUCCCUAUCGAUUUUGGGGUCAAAGGUCAAGCGCACUGGACAUCGCAGUAGCAAUAUGGUUUCCGGGCUUGAAAGCGUUAUCCUUUUCACCUACAGUCACCAUAUCAUACAUAUGGACUACCCAUAGGAUGAAGAUGUUCCCUAUCGAUUUUGGGGUCAAAAGGUCAAAGGUCACGCGCACUGGACAUCGAAGUAGCAAUAUGGUUUCCGGGCUCUAAAGCGUUAUCCUUUCCACCUACAGUCACCAUAUCAUACAUAUGGACUACCCAUGGGAUGAAGAUGUUCCCUAUCGAUUUUGGGGUCAAAAGGUCAAAGGUCAAGCACACUGGACAUCGAGUAGCAAUAUAGUUCGGUUUGUCAUGCCAUUUGUUUUUUACACUCAGAAAAGAGGUAGUUUAUACCUAUUACCAACACCCUUUGGGAGAUUGGGGUAAGCGGGGGGUAUUCUUAGUGAGCAUUGCUCACAGUACCUCUUAUUAUACAUGUUAAACACUCACUGUAACAUUCCUUGACAGACUUUCAUUUUAAACUUAUACUGCCAAGCAGGGUUUUUUUGUUGUUUAUGUGGGUUUUUUUUUAAUACAUAUAUCUUUUUAGCUAGCUGUAUGAAAUGUAUCCAUUCUGCUGUGAAAAUGAUAUUGUUUUACAGUAUUUAUAUAGUACAUACAAUCACACUAUUCAUGGUGUUCACGUUUUGUUUUUAUUUUUAUUUAUUGGAAGUACAAUCAAUCUUUUGACCAUUCACAUCAUUUUAAACUGCACCCCCUAACUAGGAAAACUUUUUUUAAAAAAUAAGAUUGUUCAUAAUUCAGUCUCUGAUACAAUCUUCGUAAAGUAUAAAAAGCUAAAGAUUCCAUGAAUUCAUAGUCUGGAAUCUGAUGCAGGGAGGGCAUUGUUUAAAGUUGUAUGGUCCGAAUUACAAUAUUUUUUUCCAUCUCGUAAAAACGCUAUUAAAUCAUCGCACGUAUGUAGUUAUGAGACUGUACGACAUAUAAUAAAUUAUUUCACCUGUUUUAACCCAAAUAAUUUGAUUUUAAAUUGAUGUUUACAAAUAACCGCGUCACUCUGCCAUUUCAAGUGACAGUCACGUGACCAGUUCAAACUUUCAAAUCAUUGGUGGUCUUAUCUGUGUAAAGCUGUGUAUUUUGUUAUAACAGUACCGUACCUAAGUUUAAUAGAAAUAAAAAUAUCAAGUACCUUUUAGUAAUUCGUUGUUUUACACUCUUUAAGCCUUAAAACUAGACAGUUGCGUAUGAGUUAAUACAUCAUGUUGGGAUUCCCCUGACGCGCGUGGGUCUAUUUAUAGACGUCUAUUAUGGGAUGAUUUAAAUAUGUAGCCACUAUAUUUACUUUCUAAAUAAUCGCACUGUUUUCUUUUACAUGCAGAUGUUUUCAAGCAUGUAAUUAAGGGAAAGUUAAUAACUUUAUAAAGUCAUUAAUCUGCUUUAAAGUAAUUAUGUACAAAAAUAAUACAUGAACAUCGGGUCAUACAGCUUUAAUAUUAUAGUUAGAAUUAUAUCCGUUGAUCAAUAUUCAACAGAUGUGUAUCUAUAUAAUCGUAAUUUAUGUUUGUGUAUGAAUAUAAUUCAUGUCACAGAGUGGUUAAAAUCCCUCUCUUACCAGUGGAUGAAAAUGGUUAUGAUGCGUAUAAGUGUGGAACCACUGAUAAUCCGUAAUCUGUAAAUGUUAUCCGUCUCUUUUGGUUCCAUGUGUUAGUGUUGUAAGAUACUCUGUACUAUGACAGGCAGUGUAAAACCAGAAUCUUACCCCAGUAAUCCACCAUUCUCUUUAUGACAAUAGACAAAAUACUAGUAGUAGCACUUUGAUUUUAAGAUCUGAAAACUCCGCUCGUGUUUAUUUAAUUGUUAUUAGUGAUAAUUUGCUUGCUGUCAGACAGAACAGCGGCAAAAAUUGUUGUUUUUUCCAAGGACAAGAAUUUAAUGUGAAAGUGCUACUUCAUUUUCUUGCCAAUCAAAUAACAGAAGUUUGGAAUCGGACAGUUGACAGACAGUAUUGUUCCGGUAUUGUGUCAGCUGACAGAUGACAAGUUUGGAAUCGGACGGUUGACAGACAGUAUUGUUUUGGGAUUGUGUCAGCUGACAGAGUUUAGGUUAAGCUCUGUGGACUGCGUAAUUUGUGUGUGCCAUGAGCGAGAGAUCUGUUUAUAGUUUGUUUCUGAAUUCCAUGCCUUGUAUACCUUGGCAUUUAUUAACAUAUCAUACUAUGUACUUAAAUCUUUGUUUUUUUUUAACCAGGAACUACUCUGUUCCAUGUAUGUAUGCAAUAUUAAUGAAAUACCAUAAAGUUUGAAACAUC